AUGCUGUGGCACCCCCGAUCCCUCGACCCUUCUGUUGUCGUUUAUUGCCCCUGCCCGUGCGGCCGCCUGGUCAUUGAGGUUACGGUUCGUGUCUUUGAUGCUCUCGUCGGGGCGGGUGACCGUCGCCUGCGCCUGCGCUGGCGGAGCCUAGGUCACCGCUCCUACUGCCCUCCCACCAGUUUCCCUCCCCACGACGGCGACCCCCCUCUGCGCCUUGUCCUAUCCCUCGUACCUACGUGGCUUGCAUGCUAA